AUGAACAAUCCAAACAGUCUCCAACCUCCCUUCACAAACUUAUACCUAACUUCGGGCCAAGUGUCUCAAUAUGAUGCACAAUAUCCCUGGCUUUCUGCAGAUCAGACGGUCUCGUCUGUCGGGCAGACUAUUGCACCCGUACAAGUGCAAUACAAGUCAGAUCAAACAGCAACAUACGUUACCCCACAGAGCUUGAGUGUAGACGGUGCCAGUAUGACUGGAGCUGCAAACGGGAAUAUAGUUGCUGAUUUGAAUGGAGAUAUAGAUGCAAAAAUCGGAAAUCAAGUUUCAGCAGUAACGAAUGCAAAUGUUAAUAGGUCGAUUGAACACGAAUUUACGCAGAGAUGUGUACAAGCGUUACUCGACGUAAACAAAGAGAUAAUUCGUAUAUUAAUAGAAUAUCAAGAACAUAAUUGGGUAAAUGAAAAUGAGUUUACGCUAUACAAGAUGCGACUUCAAUCGAACCUUUCAUAUUUGGCAACUGUGGCUGAUCAGUAUAGCCAUCCACAGGGAGGUGCAAAAACAAAAACCGAACCCGAUUUUAGUUUAUUGCCACAAUCAAAAUCAGCUAACCCUAUGAGAUUGAACGCACUCCUGCAGAGAGCUGCUCAAAUAUAUGCACAAUUUAAAGCGAUCCAGAAUACGGCUGGUCCUUCGGUUCCCUCAAGCAAUCCACCUGAGACGGCAAGUGACCCAACUUCGUUACAACAAUUUAAGGCGGCAAAUGGUCAACACAACGGAGCUGCUCAGGUACAAUUACCUCAACGAAAUCCACGCCUGCAACAACAGCUUCAGUCACAGAUGCAAUCACAGCAGCCGCGUCAGCAACCAACCAAACAACAACUCUCUUCUCAAUCACAUCUUUCUCCACAACAUCUGCCUGCACAACAACAGCAACUGUCACCAUCACAAUCAACGCAACGAAUUCAAUCCCUUCUUCCCACGGUUAUGUCUGCUAACUUCACCUCUCCGUCUGUAAUUAAUUCUGUUAUUCCCGAUUAUGCGACAAUGACUACUGUCGCUGAUAAUUCAUACCAAGGCCUGCCUUCUCUUGUCGGCAUGAACAACGUUCCAUCAUUCACAUCAUCUAACACACAAGUGCAAAACAUGGCUUUUCCGUCACUGUUGGGGAUGAAUGACACAUUUAAUGCCCAGCAGUUGCAACAGUUGCAAAAUAUGGGAUUUAAUGGGUAUAUCGGAGGAAAUAAUAGCAUUUCUGGAAACGGCUUUGUAAAUCCUUCCAAUGUUUAUGGAGUCAUGAGAUACGGCAACAAUGGAUUUGGCAAUGGGCUGAUGGCCAGUAACGCAAUGGCUGGCGGAACGGUUACUAAUUUGAAUGGCAAUGGUAUCAUUCAGAAUAUAGGAAAUGGCGGAAACGCAAUGGGUAACGGGUUAGGUUUGCAAGGGAUGAUUAAUCAGGAUGGGAGUGUUUAG